AUGGGUAUCAUCGCCCCGUCACUGGUCCAGAUCGGCAACGUCGCCCCCGUGCGCCCGAGCGCCGUCUUUUGUCCCACCACUCCAGCGCCAUUAUCCAGCGCUGACCUACUGCGCGAUUUUGGGCUGCGUGCACCCUCAGUCAUGCGCUCUCUGGGCAGCGUCGAGGCUGCCGCCGUCACAUUGCGACAGAAGGUCGCGAUCGAGAAGAAAGAGGACUUGGACACCUCGGCAGGCAGCGAGCCCAACGUUGGAAUUGACUACAGAUACUCGCUCUCCGGGGUGGACCUGGGUAUCUCCGGCGGUUCAGACCUCGGUCUGGUGGUGGAGGGCCACUGCAUGACGGAAUAUGGCUGGGUCAUAGACCACACCAAGGACGAGAAUAGCACAGACCCAUACGACGAUUAUCAUUUGGACCUUUACGACGAAUAUCGGCCCUGGGAAGACCCCAAUACAUCACUGCCGGCAGCGACCCCUGCGUUCCAGAUGAAACGUCGGCGGCCGGCUCUCUCUUGCCGCGAAAAGAACAGCUGGACCUACGCCGGCCAACCAGUUGGCUCCGUUGUCGCUCUGAGAGACUUCCCCGGGAUCAAAAUCCCGCCGGUUCUUCUCGACAUCCUCGAAACCACCCUCAGGGGCGGGCCCAUGUUGGUCCGACUUGGCAGUGCGAGCGGCAGCUCGGCGCUCAGGUCGCGCACAACGAGUCCCAACGGCGUCAUCGACGCAAGUUCGUCAAGCAUGUUCACCGACAUGGAGCGGCUCAUUCUAGCCAGCUACGUGGCGACCAGAAACAUCUUCACAGACGCCGUCAUCCUAGCGUCGUCAAAGGCGCCACAGAAGACAAUGCUAAUAGCAAGAGCAGUGUCAUUUGAGAGCGCCAACCCGGCCGCCAAAGAGAGCGCCAUACCCGAGAACAAGACCAGCAGCCCGCCAGACAUAACCGAGCCAGGGACUCCCACCGCGUCCCCGGAAAACGAUGAACGCCGCGCGCACAACACAAAAUGGAGCCGGUUCCACGUCCUAGCCGCUGCCCAGCUGUUCCGCUGCGUGUACGAACAGGAUCCCGAACAGGGUACCAUGCGGGAGUCACGCAAUGCCUGGAGGUGUGACAGCUCCGCCAUGAAUCACUACGGUAUGGACGACGAGCCAUUCGUCAUCGAAACUUGCCACGAGUCCAAGUGCAUGGGACACCUUCGCAAGAAAAUUGAGGAGUCGGACAAAACCGGCAAACGUUCGGGCCAUGAACAUUUGGGACAGGGUGGAGUGGCAGCUUGA